AUGGCUGCACAGAAAACAGUUUUGUUGUUGGUACUAAUGGGAACUACGGCAUGUUUUUCUGUCGAAGGGUCUGGAAAUUCUCAUUUUUCUUAUUUUGAAGCCUUUCAAAACAAGAGGCUGAUAGGAUAUGUUAUCAAACGGUUUGAUUCACCGAGUUUGUUAUCGUGCGGUCAGAAAUGUCUGAGAAACACCUGGUGUACUUCCACCAACUUCAAGUUUUCAUCCAAGAAGAAAAGCAUUGGAGGGACUUGUGAACUGAACAAGCACGACUUCUCUGUUGUGAGUGAAAGAAGCAACUUUGCUGAUCAGGAAGAAACAACUUUUUCAAGGUUUCGAAAUGUUUGCCAGAAAGGAUGGGUUCUCCACUCUCAAUCAUGUUACGUUGUUUUCGACACUCCAACGCAAAAUUGGACUGAAGCCCGCAGGGUUUGCAAGAGGUACGGGGGAGAUCUGCCUGUAAUCAGAUCUGCUGAUGACAACAACUUCAUACUCGAUCUGAUUCUAAAUCAGGAAUUAGUGCAACACCUUGGUGUGUGGAUUGGACUUUACAGAAAACCUGACAACGAGUUCUACUGGAUUGACGAUACUCCUGUGACAGGCCAGUUUUCUGCAUGGGCAAAAGGAGAACCAAACAGUGGUCAAGAGAAAUGUGCCAAUGUAUAUGCCGGAAAACUCUCACCAUUGGGAAAGUGGAAUGACAUCAGCUGUAAUUUAGCUCGUGAAUUCCAACAGUCUGCCCCUUUUGUUCUUUGCCAGAAAGGCUUACUAUAA